AUGCCUCUUAACACGAUUCUUGAGGUUGACAUUUUUGAUGUUUGGGGGAUAGACUUCAUGGGCCCGUUUGUAGGUUCUUGUGGCGAUACUUAUAUUUUGGUAGCGGUGGAUUAUGUGUCGAAAUGGGUUGAGGCCGUGGCCUUGCCUAACAAUGAGGCUCGUAGUGUGGUGGCAUUCUUGAAAAAGAGCAUUUUUACUCGAUUUGGCGCACCCCGUGCCAUAAUUAGUGAUGGUGGCUCUCAUUUUUGCAACCGAGCCUUCGACUCUUUGCUCUCCAAAUAUGGGGUAAACCACAAAGUGACCACUCCGUAUCAUCCUCAAGCGAGUGGCCAAGUUGAGACUCCGAUUGGUAUGUCGCCAUAUCGGUUGGUUUUUGGUAAGGCGUGUCAUCUUCCAGUGGAAUUGGAACAUAAAGCAAUAUGGGCCUUGAGGAAGUUGAACUUGGAAUGGGAUGUAGCAGCUAAUCUCCGGGUUGAACAAUUGAAUGAGCUUGACGAGUUCCGGUUUCAUGCAUAUUCUAGCUCAUCCUUGUACAAAGAUAAAAUGAAGUAUCUCCAUGACAAGUAUGUCCGAGGGAAAGAGUUCAAAAUUGGUGAUAUGGUGAUUCUCUUCAAUUCUCGGUUGAGGUUGUUUCCGGGAAAGUUGAAAUCCAAGUGGAGCGGUCCUUUUGAGGUGGUUGGUGUUACACCUUUUGGUGCAAUUGACCUUAAAAACAAGAAUGGCGAAGUGUUCCGGGUAAAUGGGCAUAGGGUCAAGCACUACUUGGGCAAGUUCGAUGAUAGCCAUGUGGUGGCGCUCCUUCACUUGAAAUGA